CCUAUUCCGUUUGAAGACCAAUAAAAUCGUUGUUAUAUUUUGCGUCACAGUGUGUAACUUACUCGUUAGAUUCCGCAAAAUAAAUUAUAAAACUACAUACAGUAAUUUGUUGAUUGACAAGUUAAAUCGUGGCACCGUUAUAAUGGAAGUCGAUGACGCCUUGUCUUCAGACAGCGACGACAUGCAGCGAGACGGCAGCGACGACGAAUCCGAGGACGAAACUGAGGGACGCGAUGAAGAGGAAGACGCGCGGGUCCUUCAGCAACUCUCGCAAGAUGUGGAAAGUAAUCCGUAUGCAUAUGAUUCGCAUAUAAAAUUGAUUCAGCAUGCCAAAGUGUGCGGCGAUCUGGAAGUUCUUCGUCAAGCUAGACAGCGUGCCAGUGAAUUAUUUCCCUUAACAGAAGAGUUGUGGAAGGCUUGGAUUAAGGAUGAAACAACACUAAUUGACAACGAAAAGGUUGAGGAGCAUGAAAAAAUCAAAAAAUUAUAUGAAAGAAGUCUCGAGGACUACUUGUCGGUCGAUCUGUGGUUAGACUAUGCCAUGUUCUGCCUGCAAGAUGUUUCUUCUAACGAAGCCUUGCAACCUGUCCGCGAUGUGUUCGAGCGCGCUUUGACGGCGGCCGGCAUCCACGUGACCAAGGGAAGUGUCUUGUGGAAUAGUUACCUGGAAAUCGAGAAAGGCUUCCUGAAGUCGCUCCUGUCGACCGGCGAACAGAACGAAGCGCGCCAGUUGGCCGCUAAGAAACAAAUACAACGGGUGAAGGAUUUAUAUAAGCGCCAAUUCUCCGUGCCGUUGUUAGGAAUGGACGCAGAAUACGCAGAAUUUUCGAGUUUUAUUGGGGAAGAUCCUGAUAAAGAGACACAGUUCGCAUACGAGAAGGCCAAGGCAAAACUGGAAGAAAUCCUACCAUUUGAAAAAGACCUGGAAAAUGCAGAUGACAAUUCCCAAUAUAAGGUUUUCAUGUCUUAUAUCGACUAUGAACUGUCGGCGAAGGAACCCAUUAGGGUACUCAAUCUCUAUGAACGCGCCUUAACAGUGUACUGCUUAUCAGCCGAUCUCUGGAUCCGAUAUUUGGAAUUCCUGGACAAGCAGCUGAAGCAAGAGAUUCUGUCCAUUUCCGCGCAUGAACGUUCCAUCCGCAACCUUCCUUGGGUCUUUGAAUUAUGGCCGAGUUAUAUGCGGGCGUUGGAGCUGUAUGGUCAUGAUCAACAAGACAUUGGUGCGUUAUUUUCACGAGCCAUUUCUACGGCAUGUUCCUUGCCUACACAUUUUGUGGAGCUGUGGAUGUCUUUCUUGUGUUUUUUGAAGCGACGUCUUUCUAUUAAAACUAGCGAUCCGGCUUUGCUACAAGCGAAACUCGCGGAAGCUGCAGCCGAUGUGAAAACUAAAGAGGUUGAUGUGGAGGAUCGUAUAUUGCGUUUUUGGGCAUGGAUAGAAGCCGAAACCUUUUGUGACGUGAACAAGGGCCGAGAAAUUUGGGAUCGGUUAAUGAAAAAUCAUCAACGAGAAAGCUCGUACUGGCUGGAGUAUUUCCAUUUUGAAAGAAAAUUUGGAAAUCCAGAGUCCUGCAGGAAGUUGCUCAAAAAAGCUCUUCUACGCAAUUUGGAUGAUGUAGAUAAAGUGGCCGAAAUGUGGAUGCAUCUUGAAGAAGAGACUGGUUCGCUGGACGAUUGGAUGGAAGCCUAUCAUCUUUGCAGAUCCUCUUUAAAAAAACUGCAUGAAAGAUUGUCUAAAAAUGCAUCUCACCUGAACGAGAACAUUGUGUCACGUAAAAAAACUUUUCGCGAGAAAGACGAACCCAAAGGUGGGAAAAAACAGGGUGAUCGACCUGUAAGAACAGAGAAACGAAAGAAAUCGGAUGCGGUUAACGUGGAUAAGCACAUGGAUUCCGAUGGUUUUAAAAUUCCGGAAAUACCGGUAUCACCCGUUCCAAAGAGGAGCAAAUUAGCUGCAGCUCCGUCGGGAGUAGAAUCGCUUCCUUCUGGAAUUUCAGUUUCUCCUGUUCUACCCGAAAGGGAUAGAAAAGAGCGAACGAUUUUUGUCAGCAAUUUGAAUUAUCAGACAUCGGAAGAAACGGUGUAUAACUUUUUCCACUCGUUAGGUGAAAUUAAGGACAUUCGGCUGGCAAAAGACGUGCGCGGCCGUUCGCGUGGAUUUGGUUUUGUGGAAUUUUUCCGGCCUGAUGUGGCUAAGGAGGCCCUGGAAAUGGAUCGUAAAGAAAUGGACGGUAGACCCGUGUACAUUUCCAAAGACAGCCAACGUGAGCAAAGAGAGACUCAUUUUAAAGGAUCCGAAGGACAUGAAGAGAAGAAGCUGUUUAUACGCGGACUGCACAUGAAAGUCACGAAGGAGGAUGUUGCAGCACUGUUCAAACAAUAUGAUGGGUUGCAAGAUGUGCGCAUUGUGACCCAUAAAAAUGGAACAUCCAAAGGAAUCGCUUACGUUGAAUUCAACUCACCGAAUACUGCGCGUCGGGCAUUGCAAGAAAUGGACGGCAAAGAAAUUUUCGGGAAACCGAUGAAUAUAGCGAUCAGUAAUCCGCCAGCGAAACCAACGGGAGCUACCAAAAGUGUGAAACCGAGUGACGAGAGUUUCAGACAGAUGCAGCGGAAGUCAAGAUCUAAUGUCAAUUUACUGCCUCGUGCGGUGAGUCUAAAACCAUCGACCAGCAGCGCACCAGAAACCAAACCUGAAGGAGACACUGCUAAUGCUGCGGCUGCUAAUGGCCAAAAAUCAAACGCUGACUUUCGCGCUGCUUUGUUGAAACGAUGACGAGCGUGUUCAGCUUUCGUUUUAUUGAUUGUGUUGUGUAUGGAGUUCAACAUUUGUUGUUGGCAUGUAUUUAAAUGUCGUAUAAAAUUUGUGCGAAUUAACAAGAACAAACCCGCA